AUGUGGGCUUCGAGAUUUCUGAAAGGUCGAAAUGCAAGAGCGAUCACAAAGACCUCAAUUGCAGCUGCUGCCUCAGCGCCAACAUCGCAAGCAGAAUUCAGCGCCAACUCACAAGCGUUCUCGGUGGCUGUGACUGAGCUGCUGGAAUGCCUGGACUUUGUACUCGAUCAGUUGGAUGACCAGGGAGAACAUGGAGACUUGUUACAGUUUCACCUGUCACGGCUUGCCAAAGAGAUAUCCAAGUAUGAAAACUCAAAGGUUGAUGAGCAAACCUCACAGCCAUGGACUGGGGAUCGUGAUUUACUGGAGCUUUUGCUUGCAGCCUGCAGAUGCGCAUGCUCCGCCUACAAACCAGAUGUCCAUCCUGGGGGUGACCUCGUACCGGUGAUCUCUCGGACCCCUUCAAUCACUGGAACAGUCAAAGCCACUUCAAUAUGGAAAUCAGAAGACACAAACACCCUAUUUGUUUCCAUUAGAGGCACAUCGUGCAAGACAGAUCAUCUUGUAAACUUUAACAAGAAGCAAAAGGAUGCUGGCUCAGUCUUUGCUUUCCCGGGCACAAAUGAACAGAUACAUGCCCACAGUGGCUUCUUAGCAUGUGCAGCGACUCUCCUUCCCUGGCUCACCGAGGAAAUUAUUCGCCAGGUUGCAGCGGACAAGAGUUUGAAAGAUGUAGUAUUCACAGGCCACUCGGCCGGCGGAGCGGUUGCAGCUAUGGUCUUUCUACACUUUGUUUGUCAUUGCCCAAGUGAUUUAUCGAACGCAAAGUUCUCACUCAUUACAUUCGGAGCCCCGCCUGUUACUUCAACAAACAUCACUGAACUGGCUCAAGGCCUUCCUCAAACGCGAGAUAUCUACGCUCUUGUCAACGAGCACGACUUAGUUCCGAGGGUCGACCAAGGAUAUAUCACAUCGAUCAUCAGUUUGUACCGGUCAGCCUACGGGCUGCCAUUAUCAGACUUCAAUAACACAACGUUUAUGAAUAACACUCAAGCAGGUAGAAAUCAGGACAUUAUCUGGAAACUACCUCCGCCUGAUUUCUAUGUCGCUGGGAACGUAAUUGUUCUGAGAGCGAAACUCGAUCAUAAAGCUUUACAGUCAACAUCAAGGCAAGCCAGUACCGACUGUACUACACCACCACAAAAGCUAGAUAUUCUACUAGUGUCGCCAAUAGAGUUUUGUAAAUUGUUAUUCUUUGAAAUAUCUGUACAUAAGAGGAAGAUAUACCUCAACAGAUUGGAGAGAUUGGUACAAGAGUCUGGAGGCACAGUAUGA